AUGGCAAAGACAGUGCCAGGAAUAGUUCUUUAAGAGGGUCUGAAUGGGGUUAACUGACUACUGACAUUUGCCUGAAUUUUUGACUGACAACUGACAAAAUAUCCUAACUGACAACUGAGAAAUGAUGAGAAAAUGAUGAGUCAGCAUUUUGCAGUAACUGACUACUGACAGCUUGCAAAAUAUCGUACUGACAACUGACAACUGGCUUAAAUUUUAGCUGACAACUGACACCCAAAGACCCUCAUUAAGACCCUCCUUUAAGCACAUUUACUCAGGUCAAAAAUUGUUCCAAGGUGGUGGACAGCUGUUCAACAACUUUUUGUGACAAUUUUUGUUGUUGUUUGCGUCCAAGUCCAAUUUGUUGCAAGUUUUCACGAUUUGUGACAAAUUAUCCAUGAUCGAAAACAGCCAAAGUUGCUAUGUACUUGAGAAAAACCUUGUCGAAGAAAAUUUGUUUUGAAACUUUCGAAGAAAAGGCUUUUGUGAUGACAAAAAGAUGGUUCGUAACCAAAUAUUUAAAAUAUAAAAAUAUAUUUGUUUAACAGUCAGAUCUAGCCGAGCUGAUUGAAACUGCAAAACGGGCUUUGGCAAAAGGAGAAUUAGAGGUCGCUGUAAAUUACUCGAUUCAGGGCAUUCGCGCAGUUAUGUUGGACAACUCACACAAAAGAAGUCCAGAGCCGUAUCGUUACUUAGCUGAAGUCCUAGAGAGGAAAGCAGAAGGCAAGAAUUUGGAGUUGGCACAGAGACAACAUUUUCUGCUUCAAGCUGCAGCAUUGUAUAACUUUCUGCGCAACUUUUUAAAAACAGAGGACAUGGAAGGCGAACUGUCGAAAACGCUGUCGAAAAUCGUCUCUUGUAAGCUACUGGAUAUCCAAGACAACAUGGAUGAAAUGGUUGGAGGAAAUCCUCUUCACUGUAAAUUUGAUUCAGAGCGUAAACAAAAUGAGCUGAAAAUUUUAAGGAAUGAUGUAAAACAAUCGUUAGAGUAG